AAACCACAGCUGUUCCCAUACAACUGAGUCCAACCAUCCACAAACCCGCGCUGUCCGCCCAAUGGCCCGAUGAAACCACAGCUGCUUAUGUUGUCCGUAUUGGGGGCGUUAGCCUCGGGGGUUACUGCCUUCCAGAAGCUUUGCAAGUGUGAGUGCUUGUCACAGGACUCAGCUCCUCCUCCACCUCAAAUCUUCAGUCUCCCGUCGUGCGAUUUGUGCACAAAACAGGCGUGCUUGAAAGCGACCGCUGACUUCUGUACCGACGUCAACCUUCGCUUGAGUUGCUAUCAAGUCGAGUCGUUGAAAGAUAUGUUUAUCAUAUACUCAUUUGUAUUGGUGGUGGCCGGCCUACUAGGCGCGAGUGUGUACCGUCAGUACUGGCGAUGACCCCCAUAAAAUAUACAUCUCUUGUGGUACC